UUUCCCAGAAUACAUCAGAUUAAUUCAGACCACUUCCUGUUUUUCUCGAAAACACGUGUCUGAAAUUUAGGUCAAUAAAAUCACGUUAAGCUGCUAAAAACAAAAGAAAAUCAAGAUGCCAAAAUCAAAAAGAGACAAGAAAAUUUCCCUUACAAGGACAGACAAGAAAGGGCUCGAGUUAAAACAAAGACUUAUUGGUGAUAUUAGGAAUGCUGUCGACAAGUAUGCCAGAAUAUUCAUAUUUUCUGUGGAAAAUAUGCGAAAUGAUAAACUAAAGUUAUUACGGACAGAAUGGCUUCACAGCAGGUUUUUCUUUGGUAAAAAUAAAGUGAUGGCAGUCGCGCUUGGUCGGGGUAUAGAAGAUGAAUAUAAGGAUAAUUUACAUCGCCUGAGUCACAAUCUCCAAGGGGAGAAGGGACUGCUGUUUACAAAUAAAACAAAAGAAGAGGUUUUAGAAUUCUUCGACAACCACAAACUCAGUGAUUUCGCCCGAUCAGGGAACCAAGCGACACAGACUGUGGUGAUAGACGAAGGCCCACUUCGACAGUUCUCACACUCCAUGGAGCCACAGUUAAGACAGCUUGGACUCCCGACGGCACUUAAAAGGGGCAUCAUCACGACGACCAAGGAGUACGAAGUGUGUAAAAAGGGUCAGAUCCUCACACCGGAACAGGCACGAAUAUUGAAAUUAUUCGGGUACGAGAUGGCCAAUUUCUUUGUGACAAUCGAAGGCAUGUGGAGUAAUGACGGCCGAUACGAAACUUUACUAAAGACACGGAAAGAGGUUUACACACCAAAAAAAAUGAGGAUGAAACCAUUAACGACGGAUGAAGAUGUCGACGAAGAGAUGAUGAAAUAUGAAGCAGAAGACGGUAGCAGUGACGAGAGUGCAGGAGAAGAAGACACGUGAUUGGUUAAUAUUCAAAGUUGUUUUAAGCUUUUUUUUAAGAGAAUUUUCCUUCAAUUAAUGAUUGAUAAGUGAUCUGGAAUCAAGUGUACAGAGUUCCAAAGACUAUUCUAUUUCUUUUUGGAGCAGGGCAGGUCAUGAUACUUCAUGUUAAAUGCUGAUUUGCAUGUGUAUAAAUUCAGACCAGAGUUUACCACCAUACUGCUGUAUUAACUUCCUCCUUUUCAAACCUUUAGCAAUGAUGACCUGUAUUUCCAUGUCUUGCUGCGAGCAUGUGGGCCCAUACAGGAGGUGUUGUUCUGAUGUGUUCGAUGUUCAAAUGGAACUCGAACCUAUUUUGUAGUUGUACAUACUGAUGUGAUAUAAAAAA